CCAAUCAAGACACUUUACGUCAUCAAUGGGUGUCUACCAAGUGCGCGCCAGUCAAGAGUGCAUGGGACGUCACGUGGUGCCAGUCGGUAGGGACCGUAUUCACGGAAGUGAAGUAACAGCCGAUCUUGACCACACUGCAGAUGUUCAGUUGCAUGCUUGGGGAGAAACUUUAGAGGAAGCUUUUGAACAAUGUGCCAUGGCAAUGUUUGGCUACAUGACUGAUAUAGAAACAGUUGAACCUUUGGACACCGUAGAAGUGGUAACAGAAGGGGAGGACUUGAUCUCUCUCCUCUUUAAUUUUCUGGAUGAAUGGCUAUAUAAAUUUAGUGCAGACCAGUACUUUGUGCCAAGGGAAGUAAAAGUUUUAAACAUCGAUCGUAUGAAUUUUAAAAUUCGAUCUAUUGGGUGGGGAGAAGAAUUUAGUUUGACCAAACACCCUCAGGGAACUGAGGUGAAAGCCAUUACAUAUUCAGCUAUGCAGAUCCACGAGGAGGAAAAGGCAGAGGUUUUUGUAAUAAUUGACAUCUGAGCUACAAGAAAAUGCAUUACCAUCUUUGAAGACUACAUCAUAGAAGGAAACUAAUUUCUACAAACACAUGCUAACAUCCUUUCUUUUUGGGAGGAUGAAGAUGUGUACUAGACGUUACUACCUAUGCAUAUUUUCUUUAAAAUACUGUAUGGUUGGGUAAACACUUGCACUUGGUCACUUUUUAAAGCUGUACAACUCUAACAUACCCAACUAAUUUAGAAUUGCACUGAAAUGUAAAAAGUGUAUAUUUCAAUUUGUAAUUAAAAUCUCUUUGAUUUUAUAUGGCUGAUUUUACAUUUAGUACAAAUCAGGGGUAAAAGUGUGACAUGGGAAAGUAUAUAAGUGCCUGUUAGUUCAUGCAUUGUCACUGAAAGGAACUAAUAACUUAGCAUUAAAUAUACACUAUUAUAAUA